AAGCCCUCUCCUUAUCCCUUCCCUUCCUUCCCUUCCCUUGCCAUAAAACCCCGACGCCGUCCUUGUAUCACCCCCGCCUCCAUUCGCCGUGACCCCGCCUCCGCUUCUAGGGUUUGAUCUCCCACCGCGCCGGGCCGGCCCCCGCAUCUCCCGGGGACAGGAAGGAAGGGAAGCGCGUGGAUGGCGGCGCCGAUACCCCGCGAGUGGGUUGGGCUGCAGCAGUUCCCGGCGGCCACCCAGACCAAGCUGCACGAUCUCCUCGGCAAGCUCAAGGAGGAGAAUGUGAGCACGUUAACGAUACUGGUGAUGGGGAAGGGUGGGGUGGGGAAGUCAUCCACGGUCAACUCCAUCGUUGGGGAGAGGGUCGCUACUGUCAGCGCUUUCCAGUCCGAGGGUCUGAGGCCGACAAUGUGCAGCCGCACAAGGGCGGGGUUCACCUUGAACGUUAUCGACACUCCUGGGCUCAUUGAAGGUGGUUACAUCAAUGAGCAGGCUGUUGAGAUCAUAAAGAGGUUUCUUCUGGGCAAGACUAUUGAUGUUCUCCUGUAUGUGGAUCGCUUGGAUGCAUACAGAAUGGAUACACUGGAUGAACAAGUUAUAAGAGCUAUUACCGAUUCAUUUGGAAAGGACAUUUGGCGAAGAGCAUUGGUUGUAUUGACCCAUGCUCAGCUCUCCCCACCUGAUGGAAUAGAUUAUAAUGAUUUCUUUACAAGAAGAUCAGAGGCUCUUUUGCGAUACAUCCGCUCAGGUGCAGGAAUCAACAAACGAGAAUAUGGGGAUUUCCCCUUGCCAAUAGCUUUGGUGGAGAACAGUGGAAGGUGCAAGGUUAAUGAGCAUGGGGAGAAGAUUCUUCCGGACGGGACUCCGUGGGUUCCAAACCUGAUGAAAGAAAUUACUGUUGUCAUCUCAAACGGGAGCAAGUCCAUUCAUGUUGAUCAGAAGUUAAUCGAUGGCCCAAACCCCAAUAAUCGCUGGAAGAUAUUCAUACCACUUAUCCUUGCUGUGGAGUACUUUUUGGUGGUAAAAGGAAUCCGGAGGGCGAUCCAUGCUGAUAUAGCAAACGGGAAGGUGGAUGACUGGGAGCAGCGUUACCGGGACUUGGUUGGAAGCAAAGACCCCGUAGAGCAGAAAGGUUCUGCGUCCAAGAACCGCAAGGCCUAAGCUGGCGUAUUGGAGCGGGUUUCUUUUGCAUCGUGACCCAUUCAAUUCUCUGAUGUUCCUUUUGAGUUCCUAAUUCUAGUGGUCUGUUGGGGUGGUGGGGGGGGGGGACGCUUUAUAGAGUUCGCUGGGACAACUUGAACAAACUUGCCGUAUUGUAGUUGCUAAGAGUAUGCACUUCAUUUUAUGAUGCCCUUGCAAUUUUGAAAAUGUUAUUGAUCGAAUCCCUGUUUUUGAAUUUUUCGUAUGACACGAAUACACGGAGUGUAGUGGUUUGAAUGGGCCA